AACGCAAUGUAAGGGUAUAUGCAUAGGUCAUUGUUUUAGUUUCCUGAAGAGGAAGUAACGAAUAUAUUCUUGUGUUGGGGGCUCGCUCUUCAAAAGAACCUUAUGUAUAUUGACCUAAUUAAAAACAGAUGCCGCUAAAGAGGAAGUUGAAAAAUGGAGCUUGAAUUAGGUCUGAAGAUCACUAGGGCAACAGACAACGAUGUCUCUUCCUCUACAGAUUUCAUGGUUUCCGGAGAUGUGUUUGGUCAGCUCUGGCAUUCUAGAGAAACCGAUUCUGUCUUCAUCCUCACUCUUCGCCUAAAAGGAUUCAAGAAGAGUGGUAUUGAGACUGAGAUCAACAAAGAAGGGGAUCGGAUUACUAUAAGAGGAAGGAAACAAGUUGAAGAAAUGGUUUUGGUCAAGUGGGUGAAAUGGACAAAGGAAAGUGAGAUUAAGGAGUUCAAGAAAGUGUUCCGGAUUCCAGGUAUCGUCAAUCUUGACAAGAUCAAAGCUAGGUUUGAUGAAGAAGACGGGACCUUAACAGCUACAUUUCCAAAGAAAGUUAAGGGGAUAACCGGUUUGAAGAUUGAGGAAGUGGAAGAAGCAGAACCAAAAGCAGAGAAAACAGAGGAAAAAACAGAGUCAGAAGCAGAGAGAACAGAGGAAAAAACAGAGCUAGAAGAAGAAAUCAAAGAGGAGGACGAAAAUGAGCCAACAAUGGAAGAGGAAGAGGAAGAAGAAGAAGGGAUCGUGGAGGAAGAGGAAAUAAGAGAUCAGGAGGAAGAUAGAGAAGAAAGUAAACCUAAAAGGAAGAAAAGAAAAGAGUUUUGUUUUCCAUGUGUUGCAGGAUCUACUCUGCUUAUGUCGAUCAUUGUUUUCAUUAUUCAAUUGAUUCAGUCCAAAAUAAAAUGAGAUUACUCC